AUGGAGCCAUCUUGCAAAGCGGCGCUUCUGGAGGCUCUGAGCAAGAACAGGUUUCUGGCUGUGUUGAAUGAUGAUGAGUUGCUCUCUGUGGUGCACAUGUUGGAGGUGAUUCGGGAUGCUGCCGGACUUGGACUGUUGCUGGAAGAGGGCAAGGAGCCUGACAGCAUCUACGUGGUUCAGGAGGGAUCUCUGAAUGCAAGCGUCGCCGGAAAGCUGUCGGCGGUUCUGGGUGUUGGUGCGUGUGUCGGCAUUGAAGGAGUGCUGCGGGGCACGCAGCCCCAAUCUGUUUCUGUUGGAUCUCCCAGUGCGGUGCUCUGGCGAGCAGAUGCUGCUGCCAUCUCGAGGCUUCUGGAAGAGAAGGCAUCGAAGGCAGCGGCCGAAACGCGGAAAUUCAUUGACCGCGUGCGAUUGUUCGAUUUUCUGCCGGAAGAGAAGAAGGUCCACCUGCCCAGUCUGACCGUUCAUCACGAGGUUCUCCACGCAGGAGACCGAGCUCUCACGAAAGGGGAAAUACCGCUCGCCAUUUUCAUCGUGAAGACGGGCAGGCUCUCCGGCAAGAGGGGUCACAGUGUUUCGCCGGGAGCACAUCCUGACAGUCCAAGCACGAGGAGGAUGUGGACCUAUUUACCUGGAGAAGUUAUUGGUGCCGGGGCAUAUCUGUUUGGACGGCUGGAGAGCCCAGCAAGGAUAGAUGUAACGGCUGAGAAGGAGUGCACGCUAUUGUCCUUGAACUUGAAGCAGCUGGUUCAGACCUUCGGGGAUGACCUUGACGAGUGCCUGCAGCGGGCUUUCAUGGUCUUCGGCCUGAAUCAGCUUCCUUUCCUGGCUGGCCUCACAGCCGCGCAGAAGCAGGUCAUUGUCAAAGCCAUGGAGGUGAAGCAUUAUCGUGCUGCUGAGCAAGUCUCCGUCGAUGUGCAGUUUGCCAUGGUCUUUGAUGGCACCUUGCUGGUGCAACAGGGAACUGGUCCCAUUCUGGAGCUUGGUUUUGCGGAACACUACCUCGAUUCGACCUUGUUCUCGGCCCAGGGGGAUGCAGAGCGAGCAGACGAUGAGCUGAAGGAAGCCAGUGAUUUGAUGGAGGAGGAGGUCAAGGGUGCGACGCGUCUCGCUGGUGGAGCCUCUGGUGUUCGCCUGGCCACUCUGGCUGCUCCCGGUGCCGCCAAAGCAUUCAAGGAGAUGGGCUUGUCGCCAGUGUACAGCGCAGAGGACAUGAAUGACAUCGCUCUGGAGGUGUUGCAGGCUCGGCGUGUGUCUGUGUUGAGGCAUCUGUCAGGUGCCCAAAUUGAACGACUUGUCAAGCUGUUGGUGCCACGGGUCUAUGCUUCUGGUGCCUCUAUCUUCGAGCAGGGCGAGAUCGGCACGGCCUUCUACAUAGUCGCGAGUGGCCAGGUUCAAGUAUUCAUUGAUGGGAAACCGGUCCGCACGCUGGCAAGGCAUGGGCACUUCGGAGAGCGGGCACUGCUGUUCGAGGGGCAGCGGCGCACGGCCUCUGUGCGUGUCCGAAGCCACGAGGCGGAGCUGUGGUGCCUCGAGAAGGUGGCCUUUGAGGAAGUUCUGACGGACCACUUGCGAGAGGAGAUCAUGCGAAGAAUUGAGAUUCAGGACUCGCAGACCGACCUGAAAGACCUGUGCCAUGUUCGCGUUAUCGGUAUUGGAGGCUUCGGCCAUGUGAGGCUGGUCGAGCACCGCCGGACAAAGCUUCGGUAUGCUUUGAAGCAGGUGAAGAAGGUUGACGGCCGAGUUCCAGAAAACGUCCGUAGGGAGUGCGAGCUCCUGGCUGAGAUGGACCAUCCGUUUAUUUUGGAUAUGCUACAGGUGUAUGAGACUACGAAAAGCUACUACAUCCUCAUGGAGUACAUCAUGGGAGGGACUUUGCGUACCGUUCUGCAGGCUGAAAGGAUGCUGCAGCGCGAAGCUGCGUGCUUCUACGCGGGCUCAUUGAUCAUGGUGCUGGAAGUGCUGCACGACAGAAAUAUCGUUUAUCGGGACCUGAAGCCAGAGAAUGUCAUGGUGGAUGCCAGAGGUUAUGUGAAGCUCAUCGAUUUUGGCAUCGCUAAACGAUUAGACGAGGAUGGCCGGACGUUUACUUGUGUCGGAACUGCGCACUACAUGGCUCCAGAGGCCAUUCUGAGCCGAAGAGAGGGCUACGGGACUGAGGUUGACACCUGGUCGCUGGGUGUGCUCCUAUUUGAGUUUCUUUGUGGUCAGCAUCCAUUCGGAGCUUUCUUAAAUCAGCAGCAGGAGAUCUUCGAAGCGGUGUUGAAGCAGGAGCUGGCCUUUCCCGAUGCAUACCAAGACCCGUGCGGGCGUCGCCUGUUGCAGGAGAUGUUGGAGAAGAGCCCCGAAAAUCGGCUUGGUGCCGGAGUGUUUGGUUGGGAUGACGUCAAGGAACAUGACUUCCUCGCCUGGCCCGGAGAUGUGAGCCUGUUUGACUGCAUAGUGGAGCGGAUGGUUCAUCCCCCACAUGUGCCCAAGAGUGCAAGCUUCGUUGAGCACUGUUCGCAGGAGCUAACUUUCAACGAUUGGCACGAAGAGAAGGAGAUCGUGCGCAGCCGAAGGAAGUGCGUCACGUACAGAUGA